CCCGACUGCGGGAGGACCUUCAGGAACAAGGGCAACCUGACCCAGCACCUCAAGACUCACGGGCCUAAAAAAGUCCACCAGUGUAAAGAGUGCGGGAAGACGUUUAGGAAGAACACGUUCUUGAUCCAGCACCAGCGCAUCCACACCGGUGAGCGGCCCUACAAAUGUAGGGAGUGCGGGAUGGCCUUCAAAUACAGCAGCGACCUGACCAAACACCAGCGCAUCCACACCGGUGAGCGGCCCUACAAGUGCGGGGAGUGCGGGAAGGGCUUUGUGCUUAAGUCACACCUGCUGACUCACCAGCGAGCCCACACCGGCGAGCAGCCUUUCAAGUGCGGGGAGUGCGGGAAGGGCUUUGUGCAGAAGUCAACCCUGAUGAGUCACCAGUGGACCCACAGCAGUGAGCGGCCCUACAAGUGUGAGGAGUGCGGGAAGGGCUUUGUGAAGAAGUCAACCCUGAUGAGUCACCAGUGGACCCACACCGGUGAACGGCCCUACAAGUGCGGGGAGGGCGGGAAGGGCUUUGUGCAGAAGUCAACCCUGACGGGUCACCGGCGGAGCCACACCGGCGAGCGGCCCUUCAGCUGUGCAAGUUGUGGGAAGAGCUUCAAAGGCAGAAACGGCCUGACUUGCCACCAGAAGAUGCACAGUAGCGACAAUCUUUACCAGUGCGGGGAGUGCGGGAGCAGCUUUAAGUACAGGUCCAGCCUGGCCAAGCACAAGAACAUACACAGCGCCCAGCAGCCACACAAGUGCGAGCAGU